ACUGAGCUCCGUCCCGUAGUGCCGGCGGGACGCGGCCGCGAGUGGGCGCUCCCCGAGGGCUCCCGUAGCGUGGCCCGGCCCGGCCCGGUUCCACCGAGACCUCCGCCGCUUCCCGCCACCCCCGGCGCUGUGUCCGCCUCCUGGUAGGGGGCGCUGUGUCGCGCCGCACCGCCGCCUCGCCACAUGGAGGGGCGUGGCCACGGCCCCACCCUCCCAACCAAUCGCCUCGGGGCAGCGUCCGCAUUGGGCACGGCGUGCGGCGGCACCAGCCAAUCAGGUAUAAGGGGCGUGGCGGAGAGAGGCGGCUCCGCCCACUACCAGGGGUGCGACGGCCAAUGGGAGCGCAGGGGGCGGGGCGACGGCGGAGGCACGUGCGGCCGCGCACGUGUACGCGUGGGGCAGCCGCAGCCGGGGCGGAACCGGCGCCGGUGCCGGGACAGCGCAACCGGGAGCGGGACGGGGACGGAGGGACGGGGAGAGCGGCACCGGGCGGGCACGGCCCCGCCGCAGCGGCCGCCGCCGGCAGGUGACUCCGACCCCAUGGAACCCUCCCGGCGCUCCCCCCGUUCUGGUGACGGCAUUGGGACGGAGACCCCCCCCAGAGCCCCCCCAGGGCCCCCCCGGUGUGAGCGGGGCCGUAAGAGGAGGGCGGGGGGGGACCCGGAGCUGCCCCCGGUGCCGCGCGGUGCGAAGCGGCCAAAGGAUGGGGAUGGGGGUCCCCGGCACAGCAGCCCCCCCCCCAGCGAUGGCGACCGCCUCUUUGCCCAAAAAUGCCGGGAGCUGCGGGGCUUCAUCCGCCCUCUGACAGAGCUGCUCAAUGGGCUGCGCAUGGGGCGAUAUGACAAAGGGCUCAGCAGCUUCCAGCAGAGCGUGGCCAUGGACAGAAUCCAACGGAUCAUCGGCGUCCUGCAGAAACCCGAAAUGGGCGCGCGCUACCUGGGGACCCUGCUGCAGGUGGAGGUGAUGCUCAAAGUGUGGUUCCCCCACGUCGCCCCCAAAGCCGGCCCCGAACCCGACCCCGUCGGGGUCCUCCUGCUGCUCCGCGACCGCCGCAGCGCACACGGGGACGGCGCCACGUCGGGGACAUCGGGGGGGACAUCAGGGACAGCAUCGGGGGUGACAGCAGAGACGACACCAACAGGGACAACACAGCCCAAGUGCCCCCUCCCCACCCGGACUGGGGCCCCCACGCCCCCCGCAGCACCCGAUGUGUGACCGUCCCCACCUCCGGAUUCUCUCUUCGUUUUGGUUUUUUGGGUUUUGGUUUUUUUUUGGUUUUUUUUUUUUUUUUUUUUUGCCUUUUGUUUGAUUUUUUUAAUUGUUUGUUUGGGUUUUUGUUUUUUUUUUUUUAAUUAUUAUUAUUAUUUUGAAAGUGGGGGGCAGGAGGCAGCGCCCCGUCCCCGGACUGCGAGAACGACAUCGAAUGAAGCAGAUUUUUGGGGUCCUCCCCCCCCCAAACCCCACAGACACGCAGCAGAGCCGCCCCCCCCAACCCCAAGCGUGGUGCCUUGGGGCCUCGCUGCAACCCCGGGGGGGGGCACAAGGGGACAGGGGGAUGGGGGUGGGGGGCGGGCCCCCCUGCAGCAGCACAGCCACCCCCCGGCCUCGUGCCUUCCCCACGGGGUUUUGGGGCGCGACGCGUUCCCCCCGUGGGAGCAAUAAACGGCAGCAGAGCGGC